GUAAAUUCGAAGGAAACGAUUGUAGUUAGUGCAAGUGAAUUCCUAUUAGAAUUGUGUUUAGUGUUUUUGUCACCUUGAAGUCCAUGAUGUUAUGUUAAUUGCAUCUUUUUUUAAGAAGGAACACCGUGCGGUAUUUGCUAAGUGCAUUCUCGGUUUAAACAAUUGAGAAAGUGCGCCAGGGCGGCAUUCGAGGGUUGCCCGACACACCCCAGCCGACGAACCCCCGACGGACGCACGGCGGCCUGCAGGGUGCGCAGCGAGGGUGCAAGUGCAUAGCCCCGGCCCCCAACCACCCCCAUAAUUAAUGGAAACGGGUCGUUCACGGCCCGACCCGGCGGGUAACUUCAGCCACCAAACUGGAACUCAUGGAAUUGGAAAACAUCGUCGCCAAUACAGUCUAUCUAAAAGCGAGAGAGGGUGGUUCCGAUAGUAAUAAAGGCAAGAGCAAGAAGUGGAGGAAGAUCCUGCAGUUCCCUCACAUCUCCCAAUGCAUCGACCUCAUCAACAAAAUAGAUGUCCGCUACGAGUACGUGGUCGACCAGCAGCCCAUCGGGAAGCUGCUCUUCGAGCAGUGGUGCGAGGUGAAGCGCCGUGAGUACUACCGUUGCGUCAAGUUCCUCGACGUCGCCAAGCGCUAUGAGGUCGAGACGGACGAGCAGCGUCUGGAGCUGGCGAACGCGAUCAAGAAGGAAUUCAUGGUCGGCGCGGAGGGGGAGGAGAACAUCUCCCUGCCCGAGGUGGGGCUCGUGCUCUCCAUGAGUGAUAAACUGACGAACGGACACAAAGACUUAUUUGCACCGUGCGUGCAAGCGGUGAAGGCCUGCCUGGCGGGCGAACCGUUCAGGGAAUUCGUUAACUCUAUGUAUUUUCAUCGGUACCUGCAGUGGAAGUGGCUAGAAUCUCAGCCGGUCACGUACAAAACUUUUAGGAUGUAUCGGGUCCUGGGGAAGGGCGGAUUCGGAGAGGUGUGCGCUUGUCAGGUGAGAGCGACCGGAAAGAUGUACGCGUGCAAGAAACUCGAGAAGAAGCGGAUAAAAAAGCGAAAAGGCGAAGCGAUGGUCCUCAUCGAGAAGCAGAUAUUACAGAAGAUCAAUUCGAGAUUCGUCGUAAAUCUUGCCUACGCGUACGAAACGAAAGACGCCCUGUGUUUGGUAUUGACGAUAAUGAAUGGCGGCGAUUUGAAGUUCCACAUUUACAAUAUGGGCGGCGAGCCGGGCCUGGAUAUUGCGAGGGCACGAUUUUACGCCGCAGAGGUCGUGUGCGGGCUCGACCAUUUGCAUCAGCAGGGCAUUGUAUAUAGAGACUGUAAACCCGAGAACAUUCUCCUAGACGACGCAGGUCAUGUAAGGAUCUCAGACUUAGGCUUAGCAGUAGACAUCCCUGAAGGUGAAUUCGUUAGAGGUAGAGUCGGCACCGUAGGUUACAUGGCACCCGAAGUCAUAGAUAAUGAACGCUACACAUUCAGUCCAGACUGGUUUAGUUUCGGUUGUUUACUAUACGAAAUGAUCGAGGGUCAAGCGCCCUUCAGGGCCCGAAAGGAGAAAGUCAAGCGCGAGGAGGUCGACAGAAGGGUGAAGUCCGACCAGGAAAAGUACUCAUCUAAGUUUAGUGAAGAUGCCAAAUCUUUGUGCCAACAGUUGUUAGCCAAGGGUCCGACGCAGAGGUUGGGCGGGAAGGCCGGAAGGCAUGGAGCUGGGAUAGUCAAACAGCACCCGUUUUUCCAGAGCAUGAACUGGAGGCGGCUGGAAGCGGGGAUGGUGGAGCCGCCAUUUGUGCCAGAUCCUCACGCCGUCUACGCAAAGGACGUCCUAGACAUCGAACAAUUCUCCACCGUUAAAGGUGUAAACAUCGACGAAAGCGACGCUUCCUUCUACAGCAAAUUCAACAGUGGUUGUGUUUCCAUACCGUGGCAGUCAGAAAUGUUAGAAACAGACUGUUUUAGACAAUUGAAUGUGUUCGGUGCGAACGGAACUAGAACCAGUGACCUGAUACUCCAACCUGCCACCACAACCGAAAACGAAGGUUGCUUUCCUUUCCGUCGAAAGAAAAAGCAGCUGCCACGGACGACGCCCAUCCCCAUCAACCCCUCCUUGUUACCUCAAACGACAGAGAGCUGAUGCCUCUAAUCUUGAACUACGUGUCGUACGCCCAUACACCCUCCCAUCUCAUCUUCGUCUUCCCAGUUUUGGCACAAUCUGUCCGCUCGACGAGGCUAACACUCAUUUGUUAACUUUUUGUAUAUAAGUGUUGAAGCAUGCACAAGCUCCAUCUGAGUAGAUGAUUUUUUUUAAAUAUAUUUUUUAUAUUGUAGUUAAGUUGGUUUUUGUAAAUUGUGAGUUGUUUAUUAUGUAUAGUGAUUACCUCGUUUAAGUGAGAUUACGUUAGGGGUCAUCUACUGAAAUGGACGGAUUUCGUUAAGGGUUAGCUGUCACAAAAUGUAGGGCAUUGUUGGCGUAUUUGAAUGUUGUUUUGUUUUUCAUUCCACGAUCACGUCACUAAUGAUUAGAAUUGAUGUAUUUAAAAGACCAUUAUAUUGUUUUAUUGUGAUAUUUCGUCUGUGUGUUUGUGUCUACCUGCAUUUCAAUACUAGGUACAAACUGAUUAUUUUUGUACAAUUACUCGCUUUGUGUUCACUUGAACAGAGGAACGGCCGAAUUUUGUACGUUACGUUAAACAAAAAAUUACUUGCCCAAGAAUUUGUGUAGAUUAAGCUCAAAUAUUAGGAUAGAUCCAUUAACUUUCAAUAUGUAAGAUUGUAUUGUUUUUAAUUUAUAUAUUUUUCAACGACUGUUUUAAUUUUUAUCUCUACGAAAUGACAACAGGGUGGGGCAAGAAGCGCGCCUCCGGACCUAUCCUGACUGUUUAAACCCCUUUUUUAAAUUAGCCCCAUUUUGACUUUGUAUUAGGAUGAUUUUUGAUAAUUAAUUAAACAUCUAAAUCAUUA